AUGUCAUCAGACGACAGAGAUGAAAUAUUAAACAGAUUUAUUUCUGUCACACAAUGCUCAUAUGAUCAAGCAAGAGAAUAUUUGGAAAAUGCAGAAUGGAAUGAACAAGUAGCUAUGAAUUUCUUUUUUGAAAGUGAUGCUUCUAAUUAUCGAGAGCCCAGCCCUCCACCAAUCACUAGAUCACAUCCUAAAGAUAAUUAUCAAAAUCUUCCUGACGCAGCAACUUUUUCAAGAACAAAUGAUUAUGAAUCAGAUGAUGAUUUACUUCAAGCAGCUAUUGAAGAUAGUCUACGAAUUAAACCACCUGAAACAACACCAAGUGUAUUUCCAAAAAGAACUAAUGAGUAUAAAUCAAUAAUAUCAUCUAAAAUCAAUACUGUCAAUAAUUUCAAACAUGAUAGAGAUGAUUCUGAUGAUGAAGAUCAAGCUUUUUAUGCUGGUGGUUCAGAACGAAGUGGUCAACAAAUUAUUGGACCACCUAAAACUCGAGAUAAUGAUACAAAAAUAACUAAUGUAUUCGAAGCUGCUCGUAAACAAGGAGCAACAGAAGCUCAUGAUGAUAAAUCUACUUCAGCAGCAUCAUCGUCAUCACAGACAAAAAAGGAAAAACCAUUCAAUGGUGCUGGAUAUUCUCUAGGUGAUGAACAUGUAUCUUCACGUACUCAAGGUCGAUCAUCAUCAGAAGCUGCAGCAGCAGCUGCUGCUGUUAGUAAAGUUGAACAAUUACCAAUACGAUUGUAUUCAAAUGGAUUUACUGUUGGUGAUGGUGAAUUACGUAAAUUCGAAGAGAACAAAGAAUUUCUUGAAUAUAUUAAACGCGGUGAAGUACCACCUGAACUUGGAAAGUUAAAUACCAAUGGAAAACAGAUUGAGGUGCGUCUUGAAGAUCAUCGCGGUGAAGAAUAUAAGCGUGUAGCACCUUCAUUUAAACCAUUCCAUGGUACUGGUCAUACUCUUGGUUUAUCAGGAUCCGAUCGAGCAGCAUUCAAAUCAUCGACUGCUUCACCUGUUAGUGUAGUACCAGAAACAAUCGAUACACGCCGUCUUGAACAACUUGCUACAAAACGAUUAAAAACAUCAUCAUCAGCAUCAACAACUAUUCGUCUUCGUCUGCCUGAUAUCUCUACACCAAUAUGUAUACAAAUUGAUCUUAAUCGAACUUUAGCAGAUGUACGGCAAUUUCUUACUGAGAAUAUUCCGUCAUUACAAUCGAACAAAUUUGAAUUUAUGGAACCACCAUCAACAAAAAUCAAUCGUGAUAGUGAAAAAAGAAAAAUUAGUGAUGCAAAAUUGCUCAAUUCUACACUUGCUGUCCGCCGAAUUGCUUAA